AUGACAGAAAAGAGCCAACUAAAAAUUACUAUUCUCGGCUAUGAUGUGGGGACGGUGGAAGAAGCAACCAAAUCUAUUAUGCAACAAAUUAAACAACCCAAGAAAAAUUAUAUUGGUCCUAUCCCUUUUCCUACCAGAAGAAAAUUAAUAUCUUUAAUUACUUCUCCCCAUAAGCACAAGAGUUCCCAGGAACAAUUUGAAAGAAAAACUCAUAUUCACUUGAAAGUUGUGAAGGCCUAUGAAAACGAUAUUGCUGCUAAUCUUAACAUCUUUUCCAAUUUAACCAAACUCCAAAAAUUAGAUUUGGCCCUCAAAAAUUGUAAAGAUUUAGAGUAUUUAUGUAUUGGCUAUCAACCAAAUAUAAAAGGAGGUUUAGAAUAUUUGCCGGCUGCAAAACUUACUUAUUUUGCCCAUCCCGAACUAAUGGCAAAAGUGAAACAUCCCGAAAGAGAAAAAGCCAAUUAUAGAAUAGAACUAGAAGAAGAAAUUGCCGAAAAAGAAAAUUUAAUCAACUGA